GAGAGCGUAAAGGGGACGGAGGACUUACUCAGCCUCUCAACACUGCACAGGCGCACGGAACGCCCACAGGACCACAGCAGCAGGACUUUAUCCAGAGUCAUCCAGCGUCCGCGGUUGAAGAGAAAAGCCUCACCUGAGCGCCCACCAUGGCCGACAUGGACCAGAGUCAGUUUUCUCUCUUGAGUUUGGAGGAUGAACUGACCUGCAGCAUCUGUCUGAGCACCUUUGACUGUCCAGUGACCCUCCCAUGUGGACACAACUUCUGCCAGGCCUGUCUGUUUGCUACCUGGAAGGACUCGUACAGCUGCCCUCAGUGUCGGACCCUCUUCGCCACCAGACCUGAGCUGAAGAAAAACACCGUCCUCAGCACCGUUGUGAAGACCUUCAGUCUGAGGUCUGCUAAAAAUGAGGACACCCAGGUCAAAGAGGAGGUUAAAGAACAGAAGAGAAAGGAUGUCAUACGCUGCGAUACCUGUAUGGAGGCAGAAGCAUCCAAGACAUGCCUCACCUGCAUGGCCUCUUUCUGUGAGGAGCACCUGCGACCUCACAGGGAAAAUCCCAUUUUUCGCCUCCAUCAGCAGAGUGAGCCUGUCAGUGACUUGUUGCAGCGCAUCUGUCCUGACCAUCACAAGCUGAUGGAGCUUUUCUGCAGCAAACACAACCGUCCAAUCUGCAGCUUCUGUCUGCAGGAGGUCCACAAAGGCUGCCCCUUCAUUUCUCCUGAGGAGCAGAGGAACCAGAAGGAGUCUGACCUGAGAGGGAAGUUGUUGGUGCUGGAUGAAAAGAUUGCGAAGAAUGAUGGUGUUUUGUCCCAGAUGACAGAUGUGGAGCAAAAGCUAAAGGAUGUAGCAGCCAACAGAAGGAAAGCUUUGGUAGCUGAGUAUCAGCAGAUGAGAGAUAUGUUGGCCAAAGAGGAGCUUGAGGCUUUGACUGUGGUGGACCGAGAGCUGGAGAGCGGGCAGUCCAAACUCAGUGCUAUGAAGAAGAAGUUCACUGAUAACAUCAAUAGUUUAAGCAAAGCUAAAGGGGAGAUCAACAGUCUGCUGAGUCAGUCACAAACUCUGGCCUUUCUCCAGACUUCUUUUGACCUGCCCCAAUCUGCAAACUUCGACCCUUACAACCCUCGAGCCAACCUGGACUCCAAGAAAAUGACAAUAACUCAGGCCUUUGCUUUUGCGCUGAAGCAGCAUCUGACAGAGAUCCUCAAACAGCCCAUUGAGACCAGACAACUGACACUUAAACCAGGUAAAAAAGAAGUUCCUGCUUCAGGACCUGCAAGUUCUGGAUCUAAGCCGGAUAAUGAUCCUCAAAAGAGAAAGCCCAGGUCCCACAGUCCCGGUCGUCCCCCUGUUCCGCCUCUCCUCCAGACAGCUCCUGGUUGGCAACAUGCAAAUUUUUUUAACGUGUGUCAUUUAGGUGAAAGACAUGGCUUAGCCUCAGGAUUUGCACCUAUGAGACUUGGACUCAACCCCAAAUCUGAACCUCAGUGGUUCCUUGGAGGUCCAGUGCUCCCAGGGCCCCACACUCCUGGAUCUGAAACAAAGGAAGGCCUAAAGAAGAAACGACAAAGAAAACCAAAGAAAGGUACUGAAAUGGGAGCAGCCUGUUCAGUGGAAGACCUGUUGGACCUCGAUGGGAAAGACAAACCUGGAGGCCAGGCGUCUGCAGCUGAGCUUACAGAAACAGCAGAAACUUCAGACAUUUCCCCAAGCAUAACAUCUGCUGAAAAGAGAAGUGAACUUCUGAAAUAUGGUACCGUACUCACUUUGGAUCCAAAGACAGCUCACAAACGCAUCACACUCAAAGAGGAUUUCACUACAGCUUCUGUGUCAGAUGAGCACACUGACUACCCCGACUGUCCAGAACGCUUCUCGGUCUGCUCCCAGGUGCUGGCCUCAAAAGGCUUCUCUAGAGGACGACACUACUGGGAAGUCCGCCUGAGCAGCAACAACUUUGUCGGCAUAGGCUUGGCUUAUAACAGCAUUGACCGCAAAGGUCCAACCAGCCGACUGGGCCGCAACGCCCAGUCCUGGUGUGUCGAGUGGUUUAAUGUCAAGCUGUCAGCUUGGUUUAACAGCAGGGAGACCAUUCUCGAGAACCCCAACUCAAAGCGCGUAGGUGUGCUGUUGGAUUGUGACAAAGGCAUUGCUACGUUCUAUAAUGUGGCGGACAGGGCAUACCCCUUUCACUCAUUUGUGUUUCCCUUUACUGAAGCUGUUUAUCCAGCUUUUUGGAUUUUCUCAUGUGGCUCUUCCAUCUCUUUGUGCAAGCUGCAGUAACGAUGAUGCGUAUGCACAUAAAUGGCAUAUGCAGGUCCACACAUGCACAUAUGACUUUUUCUUUGGUCAAUAUUUGGAAAAAAUAAUGUUUUUGCACAUCUCACAAGUCGCCUUGGCAGCAAUUUUACAUGAAGCUCCACCAUUCCCGAUCAAAGGCAGCGGUGGCCUACACAAGACUCGCACUUGUGCACUACAUCAUUUGUCGCUUUGAUGGCCUGUUGUAAAUGUGACAGACUGUUCCUUCAACCAUCUUCUGAAGAUUUUCAGAAGAGUCCUGCCCUUCCCAAACACUUUUUGUGUGAGCAUUCUCAGAUGAGUGUGAAAUUUAUUCAGUUGAUCUGGCGUGUCAGAUUUGCUGUUUUAAAGGGUCCUUCAAUCCUCAAUCCACAAUAGCGGCCAGCCUUACACUAGGUUUUAACCUAGUCUUAUUAUUAUUUCUACUGUAGUACAUACUGCAACUGACCUUGCAAAUUCUGCACUUUGAAUACAACAUGCAUACAAUCAGGAUGCACAACUUCCUUAUAACAGUGCAUCUCAACCUUUGACCCACCUGCUGUUAUAUAGGUUGCAGUAGGUAAAGGAUCUGUCUGAGCCUUCUUUGCAGCUUUUCAAGAUGCAAUGCAUCUUGACUGCACUAAUAAAAGAGGCUGUCCUUUGACAGCAAAACACAAAAUACACCAGGAUGCAUCGAGAAAAUGACAUAAAAACACUAAGACCACAUUAAGUAUUUUCUGGGACACCAAAUGGUUUGAAAUGCAACCACAGGAAUCAAAGGGUUAGGCUACACUAGCGAUCCCUGUUUAAAUCAGGUUGUCCUUUUGUUUCCAAGAAGUUGAACAGAAACAGAUAUGCUCAUUGGUAUUCUUAGUUAUUGUAUAUGCAUAUGCAUAUGCAGUGUACCCUGUGGACAACACAGUAUAUUGAAGCUUCUUAUUUUCAUCAUGAAGCAGCUCUGGCACCAUCAGCCUUCAGUCCUCCUUGCAGGUUGUUGUCCAUAUGCCUGAGUUAAAUGUGUUUUCACAAUGCUCUGGUUGUGUGUUUUUAUGCUGGCUCACCUGUGCUGCUCCAAUGCGAUGCCAUAUGUACUCUGUGCUUCUUUACAUCUGAUUGUAGAGCAGGGAGAACAGGCAUUUUAACUGGAGGUACAGACCUGACUAGUGGCAGGUAGCUGCAUCACAACUAAGAUGCAACAUUUAACCAGAAUAAGGAGUCUACAUUGAUAAAAAUAAUAAUAAGCGUAACCAGCCUAGUGCUUGUGGUGAGCAAAGGAGAGGAUGUUUGAUCAUUGAAUCUUGCACAUGCCUUGGUAUGAUAGGCUGUCUCUUUUAUUGCAUUGCAUAAUGUUAAAUCUUGAAAUACUAAGGUUAUUAGUGAAAAUACAAUGUGCAGUAAUGGUCUUACGCCAGUUGUGAACUUGUGAUCGUAUGCUUGCGUUGUGUUCCAUAAAGAAAAAUAUGGCAAUUUCUUUUUAUAUCUAUGGAUGGAAUAUUGAACUAUUGCACCAUCUGAAUGUCUGUGAGCACCUAAAGGUCGUAGAAAAAAGUGAGAUGUAUAGUGAUUUCUCUUUGAAACAAAGUUCCCCUCAGCAUUAAGGAUAUGUUUGCUGGAAGGUUUUGAUGACAAUACAGUGACUCAUUUCCUGAUGUUGGAUCCAAGGAGUAUGUUAGUUGUCGGUCAAAGUGCAUACUAAUCACAUUGAUUCAUUUGUACAGUAUGCAUGUAGGCCUUGUGGAUGCUAAAAUGUAUCAAACAACAGUUUGGAUGCUAGUAAGCACUGAUCUGUCGACACAAUACAGUAAGGUUAAUCAUUAAAAUUAUAGACGGCAUAAAACAUGAAUGUUGUCUCAGUCAGCAUGGUUACAUGCAGUUAUAAAAGAUGAAUUGUUUCUUGUCUGUUUAAAACUGGACUUUAAAAUUCAUGUAAACAUGCAAGUCCGUCUGAAAUUGUGUUAAUUUCUCAAAGUCUGACAAACAUUGGGCUUCACCCCCUGGUUUCUGAAGCAGACUUUUGAAGCCCACCAGUGUUGGCUGCCAUGUUGGAAAUACUUUCUUACACCUAACUUUUGGUCGCCAGUAAACGAGAAAGAGCUUAAGCCUCCUAACAAAUAGCUACUUACCCUACCCACCUGUCAGUCCUGCUUCGGCCCUUAUUAUUAGUAAUUCUCAUUCUUCAAACCACCAAACAAUAUAGAUAUUCAAAAAAUCAACUCCCUACAGUGUUUGAAGAAAUGAACCAUUCGGAACAAACUUUGUCUUGAACCCGGCUGUAAAUGUGUAUGUUUCUGCAGGGAAAGUGAGUUUCUGUAAAUGCUCUGUGCAUUUUCUCCAUUGAAGGUUGCUGCUUGGUUUGUCUUUGUUCUGUAUGACUAAAGUUACUAAAGGUAUAACCUUGGUAAAGUUAAAAAUCUCCGACGCUCUUCAGAUACAACCUUUAUGUUUCUUGUGUAUAUUUAAAGGUUCUUAUAUUUACUUUAUUGUAAGUCAUAUUCUUUAUUGGUAUAAUGAAUAGUGGUGUUCAAGGAUGGUUUGUGUGUGAUUGAGAACUUUCCUUGUUAGAACAGUCUUUAUGUAUAUUGAUUGCAAUGUUAGCUCCCAAAACCAAGCUUGUUUUUUCCAUAAUGGGUAUUACUUUGCAGGAAAAGGGGGGUAAAUUCAUGUAAUUCUUGCAACAUUUAAAUUAUUGUUUCAUGGUGGUUUGUUUUUGCAUCUUUGAUUUUUAAGGGUCCAAAUGUGUUUAGUUAUGUGAUUGUGGAUUUUUGCUUCAUGACAUGAAUGUUCAUUCUAAAUCACCCAAUUACAUGUUAACCUGUUAUCAUCAAUAAAUUUUUUCU